UGUAUAGUCUAGAAUGUAAGACUAUUCCGGGUAGAGAUAAGUUUCUAUCGUGACACGGAUGCGGAGCGGUAGAUUUAUCUGGUGUUUCACAGUGUGAGGGCAGGUCCUGAGCAGAGCUGAGAUGAGAGUGAAACAAACGUCCCUGCUUGUGUUGCUUCCACGGAUUAAUCAGCUCCGAGAAACUUAUCCUCUCUGACCCCUCUCAUUCUUACCUGGUGACCACAACAUUAAAGUUGGAGAAUGAUGUCGAACAGGACGAUGGCGUCGAGAAUGAUAUAUGUCGCUGUCGUAUUGGGCACGAUGGUCGUCAUCACAAGAGGAGUACCUACUACUCGGGAUACUCCCACCGAGUUUACAACAGACAUCAGUGAGGUGACGUACUUAGGGGCAGAGGAGAAGUUUACGGAGGAAGUCACCACAUUACCCAACGAUGAUGAGGCGGUUACUAUGACAACAGAAAAUACUUUCUCACCAGAUAAAGAAGGAGACGAGGAGAGACAAGGUAUUUAUAAUUUUAUCAAAGUCAAAUUUACAUUGCCAGGAAAGUCGAACGGUGACAUUGGCGGGACGUUGAGAACAGAUAUAAAAAAUGCUAUAAAUCCAAUUCUGAGUGAGAAAUUCGAAGAGUACAAUACAUCAUCCGUUGCAUUUAGCGAAUGUAAAGACGACUGUCUGACAGCAACUGUGAAACUGGAUUUUAGGUUGCGGAUUACUCUGGAAGAAAGACGAGGGGUAAUCAAAGUGCUUUACGAGAUAGUUGAACGGAACCAAACACUUGGAAACCUUCGUGUUGAAAUGCUUUAUGUAUUGAAUGUAAAAGGAUCUUAUGAAAGGAUACAUACUGCAUGUGACAUCACACAUUGCAAACCCGAUAUGAAAUGCUUCAUUGAAGGGAAUGAUUGCUCAUCUGUUUGUGCUGACAAUACGGAAUAUUGUCACCAUGGAAGAUGUGAAAAAUUCGCCCAGCAGUCUUUCAUCACUUGCCAUUGUGAAGAAGGUUUCACUGGUCCACGAUGUACCCAAGAGAUAGGGAAUGAUGAGAGUGAUGCUGAUCUUUAUGUUGGAAUCAUCGCAGCUAGCGCUAUAGCUUGCAUCAUCGUUCUAGCAAUCAUCCUGGCAACUUGCAUCAACAUCUUCAAUAAGAAACGCAUCCGAACUGGAAGAUCUGAGGAGCUUUUUGGCAUCGAGAAUGUUGUAGCUUUAGAGUUAAUGGAUGAGAAAUCUCAAUUGGAUGGUAUGGCGACCCAGACAGACGAAAGUUUCCUUCUCGCUCGAUCGCACAAGGAUGGUGUUGCCCCUAAAGCAGGCCACGCCCACAAGAUCAUGCAGACCAAUGACUCUUUUCUAUUGGCCAAGGCACAACUACUAAGGGCACAUGGUUCGGCAACGCGCUACAGAGGGGCGGGGUCUCCAGUGGGUGUGGUCAGUGGAAAUACACGUCGCCUUAGUGAUCGACCAUCAGAGAGCAAGAUACCCGAAGUCGAUCAUGCCGAACCCAGUACAAGCACUGCCGGAGUUAACGGAGUAGCGAGGAAUCCCUCAACAAAGAAGGAUCGAGCACCAGCCCCACCUCAGCAAAGUCCUGCAUCCCCCUCUCAAAAUGAAGAAGCCACGCCUUCCACCAGUAAAGACGAGCAGCCCCGUAUUCCUUCCGCAGAAAGCGCUCCAAAGCCAGCAGUCGAAAAUGAGGAGGGAAAUAUAGAGGUGCCUCCCCCAGAGAAGCCGAUAAAGUCGGUAGAGGGUAAUGACGUGAUUUCAGAUGCUUACCCUGGAAGAAAAAUACUGAAAGUGUAGCCCCUAGUCUGUUUCUGUUUGGAAUGAUCCGAGAAUAAACUUCAUCUGUGGAAAGAGACAAUAUUGUAUUUUUAUGACUGUAUACUCCGCUUGUACUAUGUUUGCCUUCACCUUGUCCCUGUAAGUGUAUGCCGAAGUCCGUCCGAAGAUAACCCGAUGUGUCUGACCUCUCCAAAGGAAGAAAUAAUACAAUGAACAGUACUUGUUCCCGAAAUCCAGUACAGAUGAUUGUUUCUGUCUUAUUGCUGUACGUCACUGUCAUUAAUGGUAUGAUUACAGCACUGACAGAUUAGUGUAAACUGACCUAAACACCUUUGAUUGUUGUAAAUGCGCAUGUUUAAUCAGUAUGCCCAUUUUUGUCUCGCCUGAAUGAAGUUCAGCAGAGGCCGAGUAAACACUAUCCCGAGUAUUCCUGUUGGUCUCUUCGAAAAUGUUUAAGUUUUUGUUCAACUUGCUCUCAUUUAUUUAUUUCUACAUCAAUUAUGUUUACACUUGGUAACUUGAUACUUGGGUGAUACCACAUCUGUUCCCAUGAUCAAAUAUCCCAGGAUAAUGGGGACAAAGUUCAUCUAGGGAGGCAAAAGGUCAAAGUAUAUGGGGUCAUGUUCAUCCUUUUUUUAAGUUUUUAUGCGACUUGUUCUCAUUUCUUUAUUUCUGCAUCAGUUAUGUUCACACUUAGUACAAAAAAUGAUCCUUGGGUAAUAUCACAUGUGCGUUGUUGAGGAUGAUGGGGUCAAAAUGUCAAGUUUUUGUUCAAAUUGCACUUAAUUUUUAAUUUCUGCAUCAACUCUGUUUGCACUUGGUACAAAUGAUUCUUGGGUAAUACCACAUGUGUGCUCAUGAGGAUGAUGGGGCCAAAGGUCAAAUGAUAUGAGGUCAUGUCCUUGUUUUUUUUUUUUAGAUUUGUUCAACUUGCUCUAAUUUCUUUUAACAUAUCUUCAUCAAUUGUGUUCAUACUCGGUUCAAAUGAUCUUUGGGUAUUACCACACGUGUUUUCUUGAGGAUGAUAAGGUCAGAGGUCACCACAGGAUCAAAAGAUCAUAUUGCAUAUUUUAUUGAUCAAGGCGAGACUCGUGGUUCAUGAACCGCCAUGUUACAAUAGGUAAGGGCAUCUCAUUGAAAUAAAUUGCGCUGACGUCGUGUGGAAAGGCAUGAUUUGUAAGCAUGAAAAAAAAAGUAUAAAUGAAUUCCAUCUUCGCAUGAUAAAAUUAGUAAUGAAGAAAAAGAAUUGUUUGAAACACCCGACAUUACGAAUUGAUGAAUGCAAAUGGAUUUUUCAAAGUCUUCCGCAUGAUACCUUCGAAUUUAGCCAUUAUGAACUAGUAUCACAAUCAACCGAUAUGAUACGUUUGGAAACAAUUAUUUAGUAUUAUUUUAAUCGUGUAGCCAAAGACUUGAAAUGUUUUGUUAUAUGUCAUUGUGUGUGUGAUAGUUUGCCGAGCUGUUAAUAGGCCUGCUAGUUUAUGCUCACUUGUUGUAUAAUCAGUAACAUCACUCAUGUGUAUAGUAUUAUACCCUAUGUGUUUUUACAGUUUAUUUGUAUAUAUUCUACAUUUUCGUAGAUACAUGUACUAUAUGUAUAUGCCAAAACACGUAUAUAUUCAUGUGCUCUUUUCUUUCCAUUCUAACCUUUUUAGCGUAUAAUCUUGUUUCCAUUUUUCAUUAUAAUGUUUGAUCGUUAGCAUUGCUAUUGUACAGUGUAUCUGUUGUUAAUAAAUUUUGUCAGUAAUUGAUAUGAAUUGGCAAUUUGGAUAAGCAAGUUGCUUUCUUCAUUUUUGACACUGAAGAAAAUUUUGAUCCAUUGUAAGGAUGAAUUUUGCGAAACAAAGAAUAAAACAGAAUUUCAUCUUGUAUAAUGUUGCAGAAAGAAGUCUUUGCAUAUUUUUGGUGAAAAUGUAUCCCCCUAAACAAAAAUAUGAGAAAAUUUAGAAAGAGAGCUAAAAAUAACUCAUGAUGGCUAUUGUGCCCAUUUUUAAAAACAAAAUAUUAGUUUAGGAAGUGAAUGAUUGAUCACCAGAACAUUUGGAUUUAGAGAGUGUUCCAUCACGUCAAAGCUACCAAGUAAAGUGUCAAGUCAGUGUUUUUUAAUCGUAGAUAUUAUAAACAUUUUUGAAGAAUUGAGUGGAAAUUCAUUUUGCCCAAAUUAAGAGAUUUUCAUAUUGGAAAUUUUGAGUAAAAUGUACUGUAUGAUAUGGCUGCUUGAUUUUUAAAAUUCCAUAUGAUGUUGGAAUGAAGAUUUUAGAGGGCAUAAUGGAAAUAAAGAGAUUGAUGGACGCCAUUUAUAUCAAGUCA